GAUGAUGAUGAUGCUCCGUUUCAUCUUCAUCAUGGGCUGAACUGCGCACGUGUUUUUGUCGGGCUGACGGGGGUGAGGGUGGUGUUCGGAUGACAUCAGCAUCCUGCUGCAUAUCCCCGCGUCUGCAGAGUUCGGCUUCAGUUCUGCUCCAGCUCGGACCGGAGGCAGAAGACGGGGCGCCAACAUGCGGCGCGCGGACCCCAGUCUGAGUUCUGUUCGGCGGAGAUCCGGGAAGUGGACCCGCAGCUCCUCUCCUCCGUCUCAAAGCGCUUGAGAAGUUCUGGGGUUCCUCGCACUCCAUCCAUCCCACGCGCCGCUUCCACGUUUGAUUGUCUUUCUCCUCUCUGACUCUGAGUCGGUCCGGAACCGUUCUGCUGGGUUCUGGUCGCGAUUAUCUGGGAUUCUAGUGUGAUCCUGGACCCGCAGGUUGGAGAUGGAUUCCUCCUGCUGCCUCCUCCCUGUCCUCGCGCUCCUUUUCUCUCUGAGCUCCAGGAUACAGCAGGGCACGUGCCAACAUUACUAUGUCCUCCGUCCGGUACCCAGUGACGACCUGCCUCCGGUGGUCAUGAAGGAGGAUCCGGACACGCUUCUGGACCCGAAGGAGAAGGACCUGAACGAGACGGAGCUCCGGGGCGCUCUGGGCAGCCACUUCGACCCGAACUUCAUGUCCGCGUCCCCGCCGGAGAACAAGCACGCGGGGGAUGCGGACGGGAACGAGUCGGAGCUGCGGCUGAAGCUGUCCGGAGCGAUGCCUAAAGAGAUCCGGACCGCGGAGUUCGAGGUCCAGCACGGCAGGAAGCCGAAACCGAGCAGGAAGCUGCGGCGGCGGCUGCAGCUGUGGCUGUGGUCGUACGCGCUCUGCCCGGUGCUUUACGCGUGGAACGACCUGGGUAUCCGGUUCUGGCCGCGGUACCUGAAGGUGGGGACCUGCUUCAGUAAGCGGUCUUGUUCUGUACCAGAGGGGAUGGUCUGCAAACCCGCCAAAGCGACUCACUUUACGAUCCUGCGGUGGUACUGCGCGCAGAAAAAGGGCCUGAAAUGCGCGUGGAUCGAGGUUCAGUAUCCGGUUAUAUCCGAGUGUAAAUGCUCGUGUCCGAACUGAGGACCGUCCAGCGGACUGACGAGUUCUUCUGGCUCCUGUUUUUCUAAAGGGAAGUUCGGUUCGGUGUGAACAGAACCGGAACCAGGUCUCUCUCCUGCUGCUGAAAACCAUUUCAGGAUCUUUUCUCCCUCCAGAUGCUGGAAAAGGAGAAAACAGUUUGUGUCUGAAGGAAAACUUUGUUCCUGCUUCAUAAAAACGGAUUUUUAUAGCAAGUUCAGCUGAAAACACUGUGCUGCGUUCACGGUCCGGAAUGUUUCAUUUCUGCUCCUCCAGGUGACAAAAACUUUAUUCUUCCAGUCUGAAAGAUUUUCAGCUUGAAUUUUCUAUAAAAAUGAAAAUGAAAAAUAUCAGGAGGAAAAAUAUUUCCACAGACCAGGAAGGAAAACAGAUUUGAACUAUUUGCCUCUGAAUUUACUUUGUUUUUGUUUUUAAAUUCAUCCUCGUGCAUCAGUUAUUUAAAAUGUUUUCCAGAUUCAGAGUUUUGGUGUAAAUGUCUGAAACGUGUUUUCUUGCUUGUAUUUAAGGAGGUAAGUUUGUUUCUGACGGUUGAUCUGAUUUAUUUCUUCUAAGAUCAACGAGUUUUAAAACGUUUCUCAUUCGUUCAAUAAACUUGUUUUUAUGAAAGUUUGCUGCAUUGUUUCAAUCACACACGAAACCUGUUCUUCACGUUAAAGUCUGAAUUUAU